CACAAGGAUCCAGGAAGCGGAUGUUGUUGACGUUUUAUCGUCAUCCGGUUUUUUUAGACAGGGUAGCUUGGCGUAACAGCUUCUUACGGCGGAAUUAUUACACUUUUAAACAGAGGAACAGACAAAACAGAUCGCACAGGUGCGUUGCUCUACAAUGGACGCGUUUUUUGUGGAUUUUUCUCGCGUUAUCGAUCUGUCCAUUAUCACGAGAUCGGCUAGUUAUAGCGCGGCUGGCUAACAGGCUAACAGGCUAAUUAAACCCUGACAACGAUAACCUGAAGAUAACUGUCAAAGAGGAGGACAUCAUUAACUUAUAAUAUCUAAAAAAGGUUUGACACACCAGAGUGAUAACAGGAACUGGUAUGAACAAGUCGUUUCCAAAUGGGUUAUUGGUUUGACUUGUAUAUUAAUUGAUUGUGUUGUAAACGAGUGGGUUUUUCAACACAAACAACAUAAGGGUUGGUGUGCUGUGCUUUCUUUGGUUUACAGUGAGUCUUAGAUAAGGUGUGUCGUGUUAACGCAAUUGUUUCCUUCAUCGCUGUUGCUAUAAGACUACAUCUAGGAAAUAAUAUUAUUGUCAUGUUUACAUUGCAGGGUUAACUUGGGAUAACCGGUUUGCUUUAGGUGAGAGUUACAUGAAACGUGGUUAUGUCAACGUGUCACACCUGACACUUUGGAGAAAUAAGCAGGUGUGACUCACCAACCUGCGCACAGCAACUUUGCACUAGUCCUCAUGUCUGGUACAUCUCUGUCAAUCACACCUUGAUAUCUGGUUACUUGAAAUAACAACAUUCCUAUUUAAUUGCAGUUUAAGUGCACUUCAUACAUAGUCACAAUAGGAAUAAUAUUGCUGUUUUCGAUGUUCGCUGAUAAACAAGGACGCUGUGUCAGUGGCCAAGAUUCAGCAACCUACUAGCAUUAUUCUGUGAAGCUUUCUGUGCCUGUAGAUGAUUAAGUGGUAUAUCUUAGGCAAAGCCAAACGUGCUUUAAAAUGAUCUCAGAGGUAUAACACUGGUUAGUUUCGGGCGUUUGGUUAGGGCAGUGGUUAUGACUAGGUAUUUGCUCUGGGUCUGACUGAGAGCGGUAGUUUAUGCAUAUUGCUGCGAUCUUGCCCGCCUACCACAAUGCCGGCUGUACUGUUCUCAUUAAUGCUGCUUGGAGCAUUAUGCGGCCUCGGAGAGAGCAUGUCACGAGAGGAGAAAAGCCGCUUGAGGAACCAAGUGGUUGAGAUGUUUGACCAUGCCUAUCAGAAUUAUAUGGACCACGCGUACCCAGCAGAUGAGCUGAUGCCACUAACGUGCAGAGGAAGAGUGCGUGGGCUUGAACCCAGUCGAGGUGACGUGGACGACGCUUUAGGAAAGUUCUCUCUGACGCUCAUAGACACUCUGGAUACUCUAGUGCUUUUGAACAAGACGACAGAGUUCGAGGCGGCAGUGAGAAGAGUGCUGAAAGAUGUGAGGCUGGACAACGACAUUGUGGUGUCGGUUUUUGAAACCAACAUACGAGUGCUUGGAGGCUUGUUGGGAGGGCACUCCAUGGCUGUGAUGCUGAAGGACGGAGGUCAGAACAUGCAGUGGUACCAGGAUGAGCUCCUGCAUAUGGCCAAAGACCUGGGCCUCCGCCUGCUGCCAGCCUUCAACACCAGCAGCGGCUUGCCUUAUCCCAGGGUGAACUUGAGACACGGUGUCAGGGGUCCUGAGACGAGAACAGGCACAGAAACAGACACCUGCACUGCGUGCGCUGGAACCCUCAUCCUGGAGUUUGCCGCCUUAAGUCGCUUCACUGGGGAUCCUGUCUUUGAGGCUCAUGCCCGGAGAGCUAUGGACUUUCUGUGGGAGAAGAGACAGAGAAACAGCAACCUGGUGGGAACAACCAUCAACAUCCACUCCGGAGAGUGGGUCCGCAGGGACAGCGGAGUAGGAGCGGGAAUCGACUCUUACUAUGAAUACCUGCUAAAGGCUUACGUCCUCUUGGGAGAUGACCAAUUUCUGCAGCGGUUCAAUAUUCACUAUGCAUCUAUAAUGAAGUACAUCAGCCAGCCCCCGCUGCUGCUGGACGUUCACAUCCACAAACCUCUGCUCCCCGCUCGCACCUGGAUGGACUCUCUGCUGGCCUUCUUCCCUGGACUGCAGGUGUUGAAGGGAGAUAUCCGUCCUGCCAUCGAGACACAUGAGAUGCUGUAUCAAGUCACAAAGAAACACAACUUCCUCCCCGAGGCCUUCACUACUGAUUUCAGGGUACACUGGGCCCAACAUCCCCUGAGGCCUGAGUUUGCAGAGAGCACCUAUUUCCUUUACAAGGCCACAGGAGACCCUUACUACCUGGAGGCCGGUCGCACCAUCCUGGACAACCUCAACCGCUUUGCUCGUGUUCCCUGCGGCUUCGCUGCGAUGAAGGACGUGCGCACUGGGAGUCACGAGGACAGGAUGGACUCGUUCUUCCUUGCUGAGAUGUUUAAAUACCUCUUCCUGCUGUUUGCUGAUGAUGAGGAUUUACCGUUUGACAUCGAGGACUACAUCUUCACAACCGAGGCUCACCUCCUGCCCCUGUCACUCUCCACAACGCCUCACUCGCAGUCUAUUCCCUCAAACAGAACGUCAGAGGAGGAGAUGGACGACUCUAACUUUGAAUGGACGUGCCCUAACACUCGCCUCCUGUUUCCUGACCCCGCAUACCCUCGUCAUCUGAGGGAACCAAUCCGUACUGCUGUGGAUAAGAGCUGCCCCCGUGCUGCUCCUUACAGGGAGCCUGGAAUGGGCCGUCCUCCCCUCAGGGCGCAGGACUUCAUGGCAAACAACCCCGAGCAUCUGGAGCUGCUGAGGAGGAUGGGCGUCACUCUCAUCCACCUGAAAGAUGGCAGGGUGCAGCUGGUGCAGCAUGCUACACAGGCGGUGAGUGCGGUAGCGGCAGAGGACGGCGUGCGCUUCAUGCAGGAGAUGAUGGAGCUGUCCAGCCAGCAGCAGAAGGAGCAGCUGCCGCCCCGAGCCAUUCAGAUCGUCUCAGAUCCGUUCUUUGGCAGGGUGGUGCUGACCGCCGGCCCAGCGCAGUUUGGCAUCGACCUGUCCAAAAGUGCCACAGGAUUACGAGGUUUUGUGACGGUGGCAGAACCCUACAGCGGCUGCAGCGAGAUCACCAACCCUGAGUAUGUGCGGGGCCGCAUCGCCCUGCUUCAGAGGGGCCAGUGCAUGUUCGCAGAGAAGGCCCGACACAUCCAGAAGGCUGGCGCCAUCGGAGGCAUCGUCAUCGACGACAACGAGGGCAGCAGCAGCGACACAGCGCCCCUGUUUCAGAUGGCGGGCGACGGCCGCAGCACGGACGACGUCACCCUGCCGCUCCUCUUCCUCUUCCACAAGGAGGGCAACAUCCUGCUGGAGACGCUGAAGGAGUACCGGGAGGUGGAGGUGCUGCUGAGCGACAAAGCCAGAGACAGAGCAACAAUAUUCAAAGGUAAACCUCGUCCUGGCAGCCAGAUCGAGGGCAGUGCAGACGUGGAAGCUACCGAGGGGGGCUGCUUAACUGAGGCAACAACUCCCACCAAUUUUGAGCCAAUUAGUCAAUCGCUAAUUAGCACUUUGGCGCUAGACGAGAUUAAGCCAUCACAGGAGGCUGUCAGUGAUGUAGAUCAAGACACUAGUCCUAUGGAGGAAGCUAGCCCUGAAGAGGGAGUUGGACCAGCCGAAAAGGAAGCUAGUCUCGCAGAGGAAGCUAGUACCGCAGAGGAAGCUAGUCCCGCAGAGGAAGCUAGUCCCGCAGAGGGAGUUGGACCAGCCGAAAAGGAAGCUAGUCCCACAGAGGAAGCUAGUCCCGCAGAAGAGAGAGCUCCUCCUACAGUGGCGGAUUCGACUCAGCCCAAAGAGGAGACGGACUCUGAAAAGAGCGAGGAAGGCAACACAGACUCAAACCAGUCAGUGGAUGAACUGCUGGCUGAUUGGCGGGAAGACUUGGAGGCGUUCCAGCAGAUGGAGAAGGACGAGCUUUGACCUUAGGGCUCUGACAGUCGUCGGGCGUGUCGUACCCUGUGACUGCGGUGGGAUCCCUCCCUGUGAGGAGGAACACGGAGGGGCCGCAUCAUCACCAGUCACCGGGCUCAAUCUGGUGAGCUCCAAGAAAGCUGGAGAGACUCUCUGUGGACGGCAACACGUGCCAAGGCAGCCCAAACACUGCAUCUCCGGACCACCUUUUUAGCCUGGUAGAUAAUGGAUGAGAGACCAGGGUUUUUACCUCACUUUCUCAUACAGUUUCUGUUUAUCUGUCAUAGGAAACCCUAAUGAAUGACAUGGGCCAGACUGUGUGUGUGUUACAGCUUCUCACUUCUCACUUCAAAUUACUUCUCACACUGUUGUUCUGUCUAUGCAUUGGUCCAACAAUUAUAAAUUAAUCCAUCGACCAAUUAAUUUGAUUUUAAAUGUGAUGAUUAUAUGUGAUACGUCUUUGGCCUAAUCAUUUGUACACAUUGAUGUGACUUGAGGACUUAAUUCAUUUGGGGAUGUGUGACUGCAGGAUCUUUUUUUGUACGGGUUUACGGUAGACAACGCCAAACUUGAUCUUUCUGGAGGAUAUAUGAAGUCAUCUGUCUAUGUAAAUAUGUAUUUGUGGAGAUAUAUUGAUUAAAAUAAUAUAGCGCUGCUUUGCUCAGGUUCUGGUUCACCCCACAAACAGCCUCUGGACCACAUCGGGUGGAGCAGACUCCCUAAGCAGCUGCUGGGAUGGAUUACACGGCUGUAGGCGGCCACAGGGGGGCGCUAUGAGAUCUGUCUGUCAUGCUUAGCUGCUGACUGAUUGGAAGGAGCAAUAAUAAGCCAUUAAGUUAACGUGAUAAAAUGUAAUGAAAUAAAAGAUUAAGAGGGAAA